AUGAGGUCGAUAGUGCGGGAGUCGGCGUUGUUGAGAUUCGCAGUAGCGGCGCAGGGGAGACGACGUCGCGGUGUCGAGGUUGGCGAUAUGUUUGAAGAUACCGGCGGUAAGGAGAGCCUCGGCGAGAAGAGACAGUCGACCACAGACCAUGUUGAACAAUAUCGCAUUGCAGAGGUCAUGCAGAAUACGCUGGACUCGACGGCGAUGGUGGUCGUCAUUCCGAGAGCUGGAGUCUGGCGACCAUGCCGGACGGUUGCCUCAGCCUGGAUGAUGUUAGGCGGUGGUGCUGAGGGCGGCGGUGUCAAGGGCGGCGGCCUCAGUCUGAACGAUGUUGAAGGCGGUGUUGUUGAAGGCGGUAGUGUUGAGGGCGGCGGUGUCGCGAGUGGCGGUGUCGAUGGCAGCGCGGUCAUAAGGGCAGCGGCGCAGACGCCGCAGAGGACGGCGAUGUAUCGGUGGCGGCGGUGUAUCGGUAGCGGCGGCGUGGACCAGAACGACGGUGUGGACAUCAUCAACGCGGCGAAGGGUAAGACGCAAGCGGCAUGGAGAGUCAUGAUGCAUGCGUUCAGCUUCCAGUUCAACGCAGAGCCACUCGGUUGA